UUCCAUCUCUCCCACGUGACGAGAAAACGCCAAAAAUACCAUGUCCUUCUACACGAAUCAUGAUGAACUACAAAUUAGCAACCCCACACCGAUUGAAAAUGCUUUCUUGAUGAUCUUCUAUCAAAUUAUCUCACAGCCAUUUUGAUCUUUCUCAUUUUGGGUAACUGCAGUCCACCAAAUCUUCCCCACCUUAUGUAGAAGCAUUCAAGCAAAGCAAUUACCGAAUGUUGAUCUAGAGGAAACAGAGCAUCACCCGUCUCGCGAUUUUCCGUCGCCGGAAACAAUGGCCGAGAUGUCCGUGAGGGAUUUCGUGAUGGGAUGGGUGGUGGGGUCGUCGGCGGAGAGAAUGGGGCAGCUGUGGGGCACAGUGAAAGUAACAUUCAUGGCGCGGGGAGUGAGAUUUGGUCUAUUUAUUUGCUUGAUAAUGUCGACGAUGCUGUUCGUGGAGUGGGUUUACAUUGGGGUGGCUGUUGCAUACGUGAAGCUGUACAAGAGGAAGCCCGAGAAGAGGUACAAAUGGGAGGCGAUUGAGGCCGACCCAGAAACUGGGAAUGCGCCUUUCCCUAUGCUUCUUGUUCAAAUCCCCAUCUUCAACGAGAAAGAGGUUUUCAAGCUUUCGAUUGGUGCAGCGUGUAAACUGUCAUGGCCUGCUGAUAGGCUUCUCAUUCAAGUCAUGGAUGGUUCUACCGACACUCUUGUCAAGGAAAUGGUGGAGAAGGAAUGUGUGAGGUGGGCGAGUGAGGGCAUCAACAUUAGAUACCAAAGUAGAAAUACAAGGGAAGGCUUCAAAGCUGGAGCACUCAGAGAAGGCUUGGGGUAUGACUAUGUUCAAGAAUGCCAGCACGUUGCCAUUUUCGACUCUGAUUUUCAGCCUGACCCUGACUUUCUGCGACGUGCUGUCCCUUUUCUCCUUCACAACCCGGAUGUUGCUCUCGUUCAGGCCCGUUGGAGGUUUGUGAAUGCAGAUGAAUGCUUACUGACUAGACUGCAAGAAAUGUCUCUGGACUAUCACUUCAUUGCUGAGCAAGAAGUUGGAUCAUCCAUCUACGAAUUCUUUGGAUUCAAUGGAAGUGGUGGCAUAUGGAGACUGGCAGCAAUGAAAGAGGCUGGAGGGUGGGAUGACAGAACCACUGCAGAAGACAUGGAUCUUGCGAUUCGAGCUAGCCUACAAGGCUGGAAACUUCUUUAUGUAGGAAACCUUGAGGUGAAAAGUGAGCUGCCCUCUACUUUUAAAGCAUUCCGUUCGCAGCAGUAUCGUUGGUUCUGUGGCCCGAAUAACUUGUUCAGGAAGACCGUGAUGGAUAUUGCUAGGUGCAAGAAAAUAUCAGUGUGGAAGAAGAUUUAUAUGAUGUACAACUUCUUCGUAGUCCGAAAGAUAAUUGGGCAUACAUGCAUAUUCUUUUCAUACUGUAUAGUGCUGCCAUUGACGAUUCUGGUACCAGACGUUGAUGUCCCAAAAGGUGGUGCAGUUUUCGUGCCCUGCAUCAUCACUGCCAUAAACGUAGCCUUUGCGACUCCAAGGUCACUCCAUCUAGUUGUUGUCUGGGUGCUGUUCGAGUGUGUGAUGUCGUUCCACCUCACAAAGGCCAUAUUUAUGGGUCUGCUGGGGACGAAGAGCGCUAAUGAGUGGCUCGUGACUCAAAAACAUGGAGACAGCGCAACGAGGAAGAUUCAGAGUGAAGCAAGUGCACCAAAGAGAUCACUCUAUGAAGUUAUCAGAAGCAGGAUUAUGUUGAGUGAGGUGGGAUUUGGGAUGUUUCUUUUCAUGAGUGGAAUAUAUGGAUUCCUAUAUAGAAAUGAUUACUAUUUCAUAUACCUCUUGAUUCAAGCCUUCAUGUUUACAAUUGUGGGGUUUGGGUUUGUUGGGAAAAUACUUCCUUAGUUAGCAGCAGCAGCAGAAAUGGAUUGAUUAAUUCAUAUUCUUUACAUGUAGUUUAGCAGAUCAUUCUUUGAUUUAUUGAAUCUGAUGAAUCAAAAAUUAUUCAUUGUUUGUCAGCUAAGUGAAACAGUCUUUCUCAGACAUUAUGUAUUCUCUUGCAACUUUAGAUUGUUAACACCUGAGUAUCUUAGCUCAAUGGUAUUUGUAAUUUUUGUCAAAUUGAGUGAUCAAGGUAUGGAAUUAUUUAUUUAUUUAUUUA